GGAAAAUUUAAGUCAACAUGACAAAGUAUUGAAAAUAAAAUUCUUCCAAUAUGAUAAAUUUUACAAUAUCGUUCCUUAUAUCUUUUCCUAUUACUCCAAAAGCGUUGAGUAUAAUAGACGAAAAACGAACUACAUCAAAAAUAUCGUCGGUAGAUAGAAAAACAAAACCAAAAUCAGAAAGAGAAGACGGAUCACCUACAUUUAUAGAACUAAAUACUUCAAAUAUUGCGAAUGCAGUUCAUAUUACCUACGAACUUCUACAAAACAGAUGCAAAUAUGAAAUAGAUGUGCUCUGUUGGGGACCUAUCGUCAAAAUCCUAUCCAAAGACGGACAAGCCAAUAUGUACACAAUCAUAAAAAAUAAGGUAAUUUGGGUACCAGUUGUUGUAGAACAUAGGAUAGAAAGCUUAACGAUACCAGAGAUAAAGGCUUUUCGGGAAAGAAUUAUAGAGUUUACUGUUUCUAACAACGUUACUAAAGUUAAUUCGGUUUUGAAAAACGAAAAGGUUGUAGUACACCAAGACAGUAUAAUACAAGAUGAUGAGUUUAUAGAAAAUACAAAAUUUUCCUUAUUCUGUGAUAAAUAUGGUGUAUCUGAUACCAAAAGUAUGAUUUUAAAGACAGGCAAGAUGUCCACGAAAAGCAUGAUAACAAGACGUGCAUCUAUUCAGAAGACCGAAUAUAGCUGGUUACACCUUGAUAACGACUUUGAUACUUUUUAUGAAAUAAUAGAAAAAAUUUCUAAUGACAAAAUGGUAAUAACAAAUGAAUGUAUACCGCCUUGCGAAUCUAGACGAAAAGACGAUAUUAUACCCAGAACAUCAAGAUCCAAAGUUAGUUUACCUAAAAAUAUGUAUCGAUUAUCCAAAGAUCAGAUAGAUAAGAAGGAACGAAAUGGCGAUAAGAUGAAUUCUUUCAGUGUAUUGAUACCAGCGGAAAUUUUUUUUACAAAACCGACUCAUUCGGUGUUUCAUAAAGAGUGCAAUAGCGUGGAAUUCAUAAAAAACUUUUUCGUUUUUCCAUCGGUCAGUCAACUCAUGUUAAGAGGCCAAAAACUUUCAUUGAACCCUUUAGUUAUUAAUAUUACGAAAAUUAAUAAUUUUCCAGCCGAAGAGCUCAUCGAAAAAGGUUUCAAAUCAGUUUUCGCUUAUUACAAUAUUCCAGAAGUACUCGAUUGCAAGACUCAAACAAAACUUAUAGAGAAAACGAUACUCUUUAACAAUUCGCACAUGUAUUUUACAGACGAAGUACAAAAAAUUAAAGUUAUAGAAGCGCUUCAAACUCAAAAAUUCUUUGUUGAGCUAUAUGGUAACAAAGAAUUGAAAGAGGCUACGCCAAUAUGUAAUUUUUUCGGUAGAAAUCCUGAAGAUUUCAAUAUCAGUAAAAUUAAACCUACUUUUGAAAAUACUUGUCCAGAAGAGGAUGAUAAACCUGUGCUGCUAGCUGUGAGCUUAUUCGAUUUAAGCUCCUUAGUUGAAAAUAUUUGGACAUUUCGAGAAAAGGGACAGUGUCACCAACCGUUUCUGACUUUGACCAGUAAACCCGAAUAUGAUAAAGCUAAAACGCAAUAUACAGUUAACGAAAUUAAUCUCGAAUAUAAAAAACCUAAAGUGAUAAUUCCUGAAUGCACGUAUAUAGAACUUGGUACGACAUUAACCUUGGAAGCAUUUUUAAUGGCGCCUCAAGCCCCUUCAUUGGAUUAUCACUAUGCUCCUAAUACUUUUAAAAGGAUAUUUCUCAUAGCGGAUGAAGAGAAUUUCGCUAAAAUACUUUACAAUAGCGUAGAGACUAAUAAUAACGCUAUUCUGGAAACACCCGAAAAUAGUAUAAAGAAUAGUCAAGAUUUAGAAUACCACGAUAUUCUUACUGGUUUUAUUCUUGAUAAUGGUUCAAGCCACUUUUUUUACAUGGAAGGACCAUCUUCUGGAUUCAUUUUGAAUAUAUGGCAUAUUAUACAAGGCGCUUGUCCCGUACCAGAAGAAAGUCUAUUUUCUAUAAACGACGACGAGAAACUCGUAAUCAAGAACGGAAAAAUUUUCUUCAAUACCGAUAACACGUUCGAGAAACGACUCUAUAAAAACUUUACCAAGUUCGGAAUGUACAAAAUAGUAUUGAAAAUUCCCCUUCAAGAUAUUUUAGCCAAACCUCUGUUAUAUGUGAGAAAAAACGUCCCUAAGCCUUGCAUGGAGGCGCUAAAUAAGCUCUGUCUGUUGUUUCAUUCUACCAAUUACAAAGAUAUUUUACAACAAAACUUGCUGCCCACGGCCCAAGAAUUGAGUAGCUUGAACAUAGAAUGGGGGGUGCCUGAUAGGUGGAAGGGAAAAUAGUUUUUUUAUGGCAAAUAAUUUUAUUAUUAUUAAUAAAAAAAAGGUAAUCCUUAUUAUCAGAAUGUAAUCAACUUUUUUGUUAAGUAAAAGGAAAAAUAACAAGAAUUCAAAUGAAGAAAAAGGUAAAAAGGUUGAAGGUAUUGAACCAGUUCGUAAAUUUUUAGUGACUAUUUUACUGUAUUACAGUUUUUAUAGUGUCGUUAAUUUAAAGACGAUUUUCCAAUAAACGGACAGUUGAGUUUGUGUUUUGUUUGUGUUUCGUGGAACAAAAACAAAACCGAGACAAACCCAAAAUUCUUCUUUCUUUGUUUCCAGUCGUUUUCCACUGGAUGUCGCCAGAAGGUCAGAACACAUUUUUUUAAUAUUUUUUUACAUUUAUAUAAACAAAAAGGGUGUGUCAUCCCUAAUAAAAAGGUCUAAACUGCUUUUUUCAAUGGUUUAAUUCACGAUCAAGUAUUCUCAAUUACAAUGUUGCUGUGAUAUUGAAACUGUCUAUUAGCGUACUACCCGUACUACCACAUUUAAAAAAGUAAAUUUUAAUCAAAUUGUAUGAAACUAAUUUAUUUACGAGUAUUAAAAUUAAAAACCUAAAAGUGGCGGUGGAGCUGAGGACAGAGCAUUUGCCUUCCAUGCGAAUAGCCUGGGUUCGAAUCUGGACUAUAUAGGGGCAAAUUUUUUUUUAUGUUUUUUAUUUUAUAAAUUAAUAAAAUUUAUAAAUUAUUUUAAAAGGGCUUAUUUUGUCUAAACCUAAAAUAAUUUUUUAAAUUUGUAGAUUUUCGUUAGUAGUUCGUAGAAAAAAUAUACUGCACAACUCGAGUGGAUUGUCCAUAUCUACUCUUGUUGCGAAAAUUAG